UGAACGGUUACUAGGGCCCCAGAGGCAACUACCCCGGAGCUUUGGGAGUGCCGCGCGGGUUGCCUCGGAUGCUGCUCAAGAGCUAGACGAAAAGGCAGAUAUUUUUUCUGAACCUUAUCUGACGUCCCGUUUGCCAUCAUGAGUAGCGAAUUUCUGGCGGAACUGCAUUGGGAGAAUGGGUUCGCCAUUCCGGUGGCAAACGAGGAGAACAAGAUGCUGGAAGAUCAGUUGUCAAAGCUGCAGAAUGAAAGGUCAAGCUUGCAAGAUCAGCUACGUGACUAUGAAGGUCGAAUUAAUGCUAUGACUUCUCACUUCAAAAAUGUUAAGCAAGAACUCUUAUUUACACAGUCUCUUUGCAAAGCCAGGGAGCAUGAGAUUGAGAGUGAAGAACAUUUUAAGAUUAUUGCUGAAAGAGAACUGGCACGAGUGAAGAAUGAAAUCCAACGACUAGAAAAUGAGAUGGCUUCAAUACGGGAAAAGAAAAGUGAUAAGGAAAAUAACAUAUUUAAAUAUACUCAAAAAUUGGAUGGUUUGAAAUGUCAAAUGAACUGGGACCAGCAAGCAUUGGAGGCCUGGUUAGAAGAAUCAGCUCAUAAAGACAGUGAUGCCUUCACUCUUCAGAAGUAUACACAACAAGAUGAUAAUAAAAUUAGGGCACUGACCCUGCAAAUAGAAAAACUGACUUUGGAAUGUAAUCAGAGAAAAAAGGUACUUGAGAAUGAACUUAUGGAGACUCUAAGUGCGCAGUUAGAAUUGGAUAAAGCAGCGCAAGAUUUUCGUAAGAUUCAUAAUGAAAGACAAGAACUCAUUAAACAGUGGGAGAGUACAAUAGAACAGAUGCAGAAGAGAGAUCGAGACAUUGAUAACUGUGCCUUGGCAUUAGCAAGGACAAAGCAGGAAAUGAGAGAAAAAGAAAGUUUGGUUAAGGAAAAGGUCAAGUUUUUGGAAAGUGAGAUUGGAAACAAUGCAGAGUAUGAGAAAAGAAUUUCAGUUGCUGAUCGUAAAGUUUUAAAAUGUAGAACGGAAUAUCAACAGCACGAAACUAAUAGGAAUCAGCUGAAGGAUGAGCUGGACUCUUUAAAAGCCACUGUGAAUAGAAGUUCCAGUGAUUUAGAAGCUCUGAGGAAAAAUAUUUCCAAAAUAAAGAAGGAUAUUCAUGAAGAAACAACAAAGUUAGACAAAAUUAAAAAUCAUAAUCAGGGUGCAAGAACAAAAUUAAAGCAAGUAACUGAGAAAACUAUGUCUGUAGAAGAGAAAGCUACCAAUUUGGAAGAUAUGCUACGGGAGGAGGAAAAAGGUGUAAAGGAAGUGAAAGUUCAGUUGGACCUAGUGAAAGAUGUGCUAUUUAAGAAAGUUCAGGAAUUACAGGCUGAGACAAUGAGAGAAAAAGCUGUUACAUCAGAAAUUGAAGGAACCCGUUCCUCUCUAAAGCACCUCAACCAUCAAUUGUAUAAGCUGGAUUUUGAAACCUUGAAACAGCAAGAAAUUAUGUACAAUCAGGAUUUUAGCAUUCAACAAAUGGAACACCGAAUGUCACGGUUAAAGGGAGAAAUUAAUUCAGAAGAAAGACAAGCCCUUCAAGCAAAAGUUGUUGAACUUAAAAAGACUUUGGAAGAGAAAAAAUCUACAUUUGUCCUUUUGGAAACACAGAUCAAGAAGCUUCACGAUUUGAUGAUAGAAGACAAUCUUUUAAAACUUGAAGUUAAACGGAUUCGAGAGAUGCUUCACAGUAAAGCAGAAGAAGUUCUUUCUCUGGAAAAAAGAAAACAGCAGUUACACACAGCUAUGGAAGAACGAACUGAAGAAAUUAAGGUUCACAAAACAAUGCUUGCAUCACAAAUAAGAUAUGUUGAUCAAGAACGGCAAAACAUAAGUGCUGAGCUUCAUGAGCGGCUAAGUAAAAUUGAUAAGCUGAAGAACAGAUAUGAAAUUCUUACUGUUGUUAUGAUGCCUCCUGAAGGAGAAGAGGAGAAAACACAGACCUAUUAUGUGAUAAAGGCUGCUCAAGAAAAAGAAGAACUUCAAAGGGAAGGUGACUGUUUGGAUGCCAAGAUCAACAAAGCUGAAAAAGAAAUCUACGCUCUAGAAAACACCUUGCAAGUGCUGAACAGCUGCAACAACAAUUAUAAGCAAUCUUUUAAAAUAGUGACUCCAUCUAGUGAUGAGUAUGUACAAAAAAUCCAACUAGAAGAACAAAAAAGAGCUGCUGAUGAAAAAUACAGAUACAAACAAAGACAAAUCAGAGAGCUACAGGAAGAUAUCCAGAGCAUGGAAAAUACUUUAGAAGUUAUGGAACAUUUUACAAGUAACGUCAAAGAAAAAUUACUAGAGAAGCAGGCUUUUUCACUUCAACUACGCAGAGAAACGGAAGAGCAGAAACCAAAGUUAGAGAGAGUAACUAAACAGUGUGCAAAACUCACCAAGGAAAUCCGUCUUUUGAAAGACACAAAAGAUGAAACACUAGAAGAACAAGACAUCAAACUUCGUGAAUUGAAACAGUUCCACAAGAUCGUUGAUGGAAUGUUAUUUGAUAUCACAGAAGAAAAUGCUGAGAUCCGCAUCAUCCUUCAAACAUGCUUUCAACAGAAUGGUUUAGAACUACCUACCGCUGGUACUAAAGGCAGUCGUCAGAGUUCUAGAUCACAGGCUUCACUAUCAGCAAGGUCAUCUAGGAGUACAAGUACUUUAGCUUCUCAGACUUCAAUUAAAGUGUUAGAGCUGACCUUCCCAGACUCGUCACCAGUUGGCAGCACUUCGAGGUCAACUAGUGUUAGCAGCAGCUCCAGUAAUGGUAAAAGCAAAAAAAGCAGCAAGUAAACAUUUUAAUCUCUUGAACAAGUUAUACAUACAAAAACAAAAAUUUCAGUUUUAAAAUAGUAAAUUCCACUCUAUGCUUUUGGGUGCUGUAUAAUGAUAUAGAGUACUACUGAAAUAGUGUUACAAAAUGAAAUGAACAGACAAGUUUUAUCCAGUGAAAAAAUGUAAAAACUGUUAAAAAAAAAAAUCAAGCAGAUUGGGUCCAAAUAAGCCAAAGAAAUGUUUAAUUAUCUUAUCCUUUUUCCUACUGUCUUCUUCACGUAGAAGGAAAGCAGUAAUAGCAGAUUUCAACAAGGCUACAUCUUACAUAAGCAUAAGGAAAAUGAUGUUUUUCACUGUCAUUUUGAUGUUAUAUUAGAAAAUAGUUUGCUUCAUUAUUUUACACUAGCUAUGAAACUAAACUUAUUCUUUAAUUUCUAAAGAUUCAUUGUACUAUACAAUAGUACUCAAAUUUUCGUUUACCCUAGAAGAUCCUGAAAUUAGGUUUUCUUUAUUGAAACUUAUUUCCCAGACUUUUGGGGGAGAAAUCUGUUAGUUUCUUCUUUUUGUGUAAUUGUAAACUUUUUAACUAAAAAAAACAGCAUUACCCUCAUCCCUCCACCAAGAAAACAAGUAAUAGGAAAAAGAACACUAAAUCAAUAAAAAUGCAGCUUAAAAUUUUUAGGAAUUACUCAACUCUGAUCUUCAAUAAAUCAAACACAUUAAAGAUUUUACUCUCAAGAUACAACCAAGCAUAAAGAAUGUAUUUUCAAAACUUUCUUGAUUUAAUUAACAAUUUAAAGGAAGUUAGAUGUGAUUUAAUUUAUAAUAAGAAUUCCAACAAUUUAUAAUGCAGGUAGACCAAAUAUGGAAUUAGUUAUUCCAGGUAAUACUUCAUUAUAACAUGUGCCUAACACUUUGAACUCUUGGAAUAGUGUGGAGUAUGAGUAUAAUGUUAUUAAACUAGUUUUCAAAUAAAUGUAUUAGAAUCCAAGUGCAUACUUAAACGAUUAUUGUCUCUUUCAAACCCUGGGAAAAAAUGUUAUGUCAUUGUUUAGAAUUGUCAUUUGCAGUUCCAUCUGAAAGGUAGUAACUGUGGUAACCUGUUUCUCCUGAUCAUUAUUUGAAAGUAUUACUAUUUUUAGAAACAGUCAGCAAAAGGCAUAGCCAAGUCCAAUGAAUGAGUAAAGAAAGCUGGGUACGUUUUUUGGCUGAAACAUCUAAUACAUGAGAUUCAUAAGCUCUAAAAACUGAUUAAUCUUGUUUACCAAAAUUUCUGCCUUGUAUGACUUUGUAAAUUACUUGGAACUUGAAAUAUAACAUACUGGUUCCAACUGUGACCUUGGGAGUUAUUUCUCUAUGCAUUUUUCCUCAUUUGUAAUACAGUGUUACCUACAAGUUCACUGAAAUAAUCAGAUUUAUAUGUACAAAUUGCACAUGGCCUGACACACAGGAACUGCCCAAUAACUUCUGCCUAUUAUUGAGUCACCAGCAAAGCCUAACAGUAUUUGUGGAAUGGAUAGGGUCUCCAGCCAGUGUACCAGUCUACGUUUAACUGUUCAAUAAAGUAACAGUUCCAACUUCAGUGUUAAAUGGUAAGACAAGGGAUUAAUCCCAUUAUCUCCAAAUUGGGGGUUACCUUAACACCCACCUGUUGUGUUAGAAAGUCAUCUACUAAAGGAAAGCAAGACACAGCCUGGGUAUGUCUAAAUUAUAGACAUGAUUUUAAGGAAAAAAAAAUGAAGGCACCACUAGGGGAUUCUUGACAAGUAUAUCGCUAGUAUUUUUUUGCUGUGAUACGUUUCCUGAACGCAUCCUUAGAAAUUGGUUUGUGUACUCUGCUUAAAUUUACUAUGUCCCAGGAAAGAAGCCCUGAAGAAGAUGGAAUUUCUAAAUUCAGGCAGGCUGUUGUAAAAGGUAUUAUCCUGAUUUUUUGGGGAACCUAAAUGUACCAGUAAGCCACAAAGAUGCUUUGGAAAAUCAGUGCUGGCUGAUAGUAACGUUCAGAGAUUUUACUAAAUAAAAAGGUGUAAAAUUCUGAAGCUGUACCAGGAAUUCCCAAAGGUCAAGCAAGGGCUUUGUCAAGUUUUCACUCCUUAAAAACACCAUGUAGGACUAUGUAGGGAUGACACCGAAGCUAUUAAUACACAGAAGGAACUGGGGACUCUGAGUUUCUUGGUGGAAAGACCAAUUUCUCCUGCUAUUACCUUUUGUUUUGGACCAGUUUCUUUCUCUCCUCCAUUGAAAAACAAAUUUUAGCUAAAUCAUAAGGCUCCCUUGCUCAAGUCUAAAGGUCACAAAUAGUACACACCCAGUUAUAAUUAAAGUUUUGAUAUUUUACUGUUGGCAAGAACAGUGAGACAGAACAAGGACUGAAAGUGUCUUCCUCUAUCAUUCUCUUAGACCUCUGUAGAUGGAUCCUCACCUAUUCCCCAAACCCUUCAUCCAGUGUCAUCAUGAGUGAUCAAAUUAAAGGCCACUGUCAUUUACAGUCUAGAAUCUUAAAUCGACAAGAUUACCUAAAGACCAU